UUUAACAAUUCCGAAAGAAUAACGCGCAAAAAAUUCUUCACGCAAAAUGUUCAAAUUAUACGCUGUCUGUUUUUUGGCUUUGUUUGCCGUUGCUUUUGCUGCUCCUAAACCAGCUGUGUUGGCUGCUGCUCCCUUUGCCUACAGUGCUCCUUUGGCUUAUACUGCCGGUGUUCAUGCUGUUCCUGCUGCCUAUACUGCUGGUUAUGUUGCUCCCUAUGCUAGCACCUACAAUGCCUACUCUGUUGCCCACACCGCUGCCUUCCCUGCUGCUUAUGCUGCCGCACCCGUAGUUGCUGCUGCCCCAGCUGUAUACCAUGCUGCUCCCGUUGUAGCUCCUGCUGCUCGCCUGGUAGCUGCCCCAGCUGUGCAUUUCUUGAAGAAGAAGAAGUAAAUUGUUAAUUGAUUGAAGAACUAUGAUCGAAGCGAAAAUAAUAGUGAAAUGUAAAUAUUUUGGAAAAAAAAAUAUAAGAAAUAAUAAAUUUAAAGUCAUUUGUGUAUAAGAUAUAA